CUGUGUCCUCAGGUUGACAAAAAAAAAUAAAAAAAACACAAAAUUGCAAACCGCAAACCCACAAAAUUGCAAAAUUGCAAAAAUAACGAAACAGAAACACAGCCACUGAAAUAACGGCGUGUAUAUUUACUCGACCCAGAUUUUUUUGAAGCCUUUUUUUUUUUUUCCAAAUUUAAAUAGCACAACAAAAUGCAUAAGAGAAAUAGCGCCUCUCAUUUCAAAUUCCUCCUCUUGACGAUAGCUCUUUUCUUAUCCGGUGCCCACAUGCAAGGUACUACGGACGCAGACAACACGCUGAAGCCAAUAAACGUGGAGAAAUGCACAGAGGAGUCGCCAUGUUCCUUAAGGAAAAAUGUUCAGGGCGCAAACCAAAUGCUAUUCGCAAAUCUAUCGGAGGGAUUUAAAAAUGAAGAAGAACAAGUCGAGGGAGAUGAAAAGGCCAUAAAGACCUUCACCAGGGAAGAGGUGGCAAAACACAACACGAGUAAGGAUGCUUGGGUCAUUUACAAAAAUAAGAUCUACGAAAUUACAUACUACUUGUUGUACCACCCAGGAGGAGAAGACAUCCUUGCAGAACAAGCCGGAAACGACAUCACCGACUACGUAUUUCAGUACCACCCAUGGGUCAACGUAGAAAGGAUCCUAGAACACACCUACAAAGGUGACGUCGCGGAAUAGACCGAGGAGCUGUAACCUCGCCGAGAAAAGACCCCCCCAUCAGUACCUCCAGACCAUAGCAGUAACAUCACCACCACUACACGCGAAAAAUAAAAACAAAAAGAUGGCGAACGGAGAACCCCUCUCCUCACCCAUUCUCAUGCAACACCCAAAAUUGAGGCUUCCCUUUUUAUUGUGCAUUUUUCUCCUGCUCAUAUAGCAAAUCAAGUAUGUACUUAUAUUUGUCCACCCUGUUUUCCCUCGUGGCGGUGACAGUCACAUAGGAGUUUCUGUUUCCGGGGAUGCAGCCACUGACCAGAAUUUCGUUUCGCUCCAAAUUUAAUCCUAACAGCUUCAAAUUGAUCAUCGUGUUGUAUUUGUUCCCGUGCUUGCCAGGCAUUUUCUUCCCCUUGAGCACUCGUCCGAUGUGUGUGGAUGCCCCUAUGGAGCCAGGCUUACGGUGAUGGGAACUUCCGUGCGUCAUGGGGCCUCUGCAGGUGGAACGAGGGGCCACAAUGAGAGAAUGUACCAGCAAAAAGCGUAUGUAUAGAGACACGCUCAACUGAGAGGGGCGCCAACUCCCCUGCCAUCAAAUUUUUUACUCAUUUGUCUCAACGUGAAAUGGC